CAACGGAACUCGCGGCUCGUUUGUUUUAAUAUAUAUACGGACAAAAGGAAACUAAUAUAGCAUCUUGCUGGGGCCACUCUGUUGGGAGCAAAAUCAAUGACCAAAGAAUAGAAAGGGAACUAUACUACUUUCUGCCAAAUUAAUCGAUAGUUGAGCUAUUUGGAGAAGUGCACAGAAAAAGAUAGAAGAUGAGGAGUUGUGCCGUCGUGCUGCAGCAGCUGCGCCCCAACUUCACCCCUUCCAUUUCUCCCCAAUUUCAGGGGAUUAGAUUUAGGAGUAGUUAUUUUGGUGGCCACAUUUGGUGUAGUCAUAACCCUCCUUCUUCACCCCUCCGAGUACGCGCAGCUCCUCUAUCCUCCACCAACCAUCAGAGUCAGGAUGCUUCUCCUACUGAUCCGCCCGAUAUCAAGGAUGAUCAAGUUGACGUCUUUCAACUCAUUCAAUCUCAUCAGGAAAAAGCAGCUAGAUUGCCUCCUAUAGAGGAAAUUAAAACGAUUCUCAGUCACACCUCACGCGGGGUCCUCUCUACUGUGUCCCUGAAGUACAACGGGUAUCCAUCAGGGUCCAUGGUGGACUUUGCUUGUGAUGCUUUCGGGUCUCCACUGUUAGCUGUUAGUAGUUUAGCAGUUCAUACGAAGGACCUUUUAGCUAAUCCCAAAUGCUCGUUGCUUGUAGCAAAAGAUCCUGAGGACAGGACUGACCUAGUUAUUGUUGUUCAUGGUGAUGCCACACCAGUUAGUGAAGCUGAUAAGGAAGCUGUUCGGACUGCAUAUUUGGCUAAACAUCCUAAUGCAUUCUGGGUUGACUUUGGUGACUUCCAAUUCCUGCGCAUUGAACCUCAAGUUGUUAGAUAUGUUUCAGGAGUUGCAACAGCUUUAUUAGGAUCAGGAGAGUUUACCAAGGAUGAAUUUAGAACAUCAAUGGUGGAUCCUAUAUAUCAAUUUUCCAAACCUAUAACGUCCCACAUGAAUAAAGACCACUCAGAUGAUACAAAGCUGAUUGUGCAGCACUCUACCUCCAUCCCGGUGGACUACGCUUACAUGUUGGACAUUGACAGUCUGGGGUUCAAUGUGAAGGCCGGUUAUCAGGGGAACACUUUCAAGCUCCGUAUCCCAUUCACGAGGCGUGCUGGAGACAGAAAGGACGUGAAAACACUCAUAGUGGAAAUGCUUCAAGCUGCCAGAGCCCAAGCCUCUAAAUAAAGACGACUUGCUUUUCGCACUAAGCUGCCUGACUACUUUAGUUGGUCGGAGUUAUUUUGUCUCACUUGCCUUGCUGUGAAAAGAAAUGUAGGCUGAUUUUUCUCUCAACAGAUUAAUUAUCUCCUUGUAAACGAUUGUAUGUAUCAAACAUCGAAUUGAAUGAAACACAAACUGGAACAUGAAAUCUCAUUUCAUAUAACCAUGUUUAAAAGUUAUAAGAAUCCUGCAUAUUCCAUUAGCAAGGACCACUACUUUGUCUUUGCAAAUUCUCCAACAAGGGCAAAAAUAGGUACUCC